AUGGUUAACGUUGUAGCAGUUUUUCAAGAUUUCUGGACUUCAUCGGCUUAUUAUAGUUACAGCAAUUUUGGAAAUUUCAAUAUUGAAGAAUUCUUCUGGAACAAUGGAGAUUCAGUAAUUUUUCGUGAUCGAAUGCGAAAUCUUCAGGACAUUACAUUACCAGUUCUUUUUGGAGGAGUCGAACCAGGAGUUAUAAUCUAUAAAACCUCAAAGGGUAAAGAGAAAAUCGGUGGUUAUGUGGGACAUCUUUUUAACAGCUUUGCUAGAAGACACAAUGCCCGAUUGAACGCUUCAAGUUUAACGACUUCGAUUUCUUCGUACGCAAUUCAUAACCUUAUUUUAAAUGGAACCAUUGAGAUGUCAGGUGGAACUUUGUCGAUAAAAGAUGAUUCAAUAAAAUGGUUUUCUUAUCCGUACACAGAAUUCGAUUGGGGAGUGAUGCUGCCAAUAGAGCCUAGAAUUCCAAUUUAUAAAGUCUUUGCAUUUGUUAUUGAAUGGAAAACUUUUAUCUCAAUCAUCUUGGUAUGGAAAUUGCUCUCUGUUUUACUUGAAACAGCUCUUAAAUUCUCAGGAAGAUAUAGAAAUUAUUCCUUGCGUAAUCUCUUCUUUAACAUCGAUUGCUUUCGUGGAAUACUCGGAGAGCCGUUUUCUGAGGCUCCAAAUGCUUCCUUCACAACGAAACUAAUAUAUUUGCUGAUAUUUUUGCUUGGAAUGAUGAUAUUAACUUCAUACGAAGCAUUUCUUAAGUCUUUUAUGACUCAUCCGCCGAGACAAAGUUUUAUUAAAUCCUUUGAUGAUCUUCAAUUAUCUGGUUUAAAAAUCUACAUCCUUCAAGCUGAUAUCGAUGGGGUAUUGAUUAAACAAAGACCAAAUCUCAUCAAAAAGUAUUCAAAUAUUCAAAAUAUGCAUUUGAAAUUACAGAAAUCAAAUGGAAAGUUAUUGCAAAUCAACAAAAUUACUUUAAUCGACAGCUAUUUCGUUGGUCUGAAGAAUUGA